AUGACGUCUCCGCUCACCUACCCUUCCUUGAAAUGUAUUCUAGAGAACUUAGAGGCUACUCGACGACUCCACAUAACCGCCCGUACCCCGUCACUACAAAAAAUCAAUAAUCAAAUCCCGCUUCGCUUUGACAGUAUCUCCAUUAAUAGUGAUUCGCUGAAAAUCAAUGAAUUAUCGAUUGAAUUCAGAUGGAGUUAUAUGUAUUUCAGUCAAAUGGAAUAUUUGAUGAAACGAAAUAUCUCUGGUAGUCCUGACGAGAAGAUGGAGAAAUUGCUCAACAAAUAUUUCUGUGGAAGAUCAAAUCUCCAUGUGGACACCUUGGAUUUGGGGCCUGGGACUGUACCGGCAAUGAAUAUAAAGCUGAGAGUCAACUCAUUAAAGCCAAGUGUAGAUCACUAUUUCGAACCUGCGCUUUUCCUGCUCCAUCCAGAUAGUUUUCCCCUCAAGACCCUCAAAACUACAGUAAUCGGUCCCGAGACUUAUGAGCAUCCGGUGGUGAAGUCUGCAGAGACUCUUAUUCUAUCGAUCGGUCCGGACGAGCCGCCUAUUCCACUGGAGACCAUCAAAAAGCUAACCAACACGACAGUAGUGUUCCACUACCUACAGUACCCCAUGACAAAGUUCGAUGUGAUUGGGUUGACCAAAUAUUUGAGAGCAAAUCCCAGUGAGCACUCAACAAUCUAUAAUAUCACAUCUGAACAUUUUCUUUGUGUCCACAACUUGUUAUUUCAACUUGGCAUCGCAUUCAAUGAGUUUGGCAGCGAGUUGACGGGAGUUCAGGGAAGAUUCAUCCCCACCACUUUUCGCCUUCUCAUUCCAACUGACGAAGCGAAAACUCAGAUUCAAGUCUAUGGAAUCGUGGAAACUGAUCAGUGGAGACUUGUAAUCAAAGUCGUUAAAUAA